AUGGGCGCAAGGCAGUGCUCUCGUACUAGGACAACGGAUCAGUGUAGCCCCAUCAGUGUCCAUCGGUGCACAUCAAUGCCACAUAUCAGUGUACAUCAAUGCCACAUAUCAGUGCCUACCAGUGUACAUCAAUGAACUGCCCAUCUGAACUGCCUUUCAGUGCCACCUAUCAGUGCCAGUCAGUGCUGCCUAUCAGUGCCAUAUAUAUGAGUACUGCCUUUCAGUGCCCAUCAGUGAUGCCUGUCAAUGCCCAUCAGUGCCACCUACCAGUGCAGCCUAUUACUGCUCAUCACGGCAGCCUCAUU